AUGGCACAUAAUCGAGGUACAAAGCAUAUAUCUCUAGACUCUAUGGUAUUUGGGAAGAUUACAAAUUUAAAUGAGGAGUGCCCUGAUGAGUUGUACGAGGUGGCUGAAUUGAUUAUGAAGAAGUGCAAAGGACUUCCUCUUGCAAUAGUGACCAUAGGUGGCUUCUUAGCAAAGCAACCAAAAACUCCUAUGGAGUGGAAAAAAUUGAACUCACAUAUUAGUGCUGAGUUGGAAAUGAAUCAAGGGCUCAGAAAUAUUAAAAAUGUCCUUAAUAAGAGCUACGAUGGUUUACCUUAUCAUCUGAAGCCUUGUUUCUUAUAUCUGUCUAUCUUUCCUGAAGACCAAGAUAUUAAACGAAACCGCUUGGUGCGCCGGUGGAUUGCUGAGGGUUACUCGACAGAGGUGCUUGGUAAAUCUGUUGAAGAAAUAGCUGAGAGCCACUUCAUGGAACUCAUUGACAGGAGCAUGAAACUACCAAAUAAAUCAACAUAUUUCAGCCAAAAAGUAAUUGACUCUUGCCAAGUCCACGAUCUCAUGCGUGAAAUCAGCAUCUCAAAAGCAGUAGAGGAAAAUCUUAUAUUCAGGCUAGAAGAAGGUUGCAACUCAAACACAAAUGGGAUGGCACGCCACCUUAGUAUAAGUGCCAAUUGGAAGGGAGACCAGGCUGAUUUUGAGAGCAUGGUGGACGUCUCUCGUAUACGGUCAUUAACAGUGUUUAGAAAAUGGAAGCCGUUUCUCAUUUCUGAUAAGAUGAGGUUCCUGCGAGUUUUGGACCUGCAAGACACUAGGGGUUUAUGCAAUCAUCACCUUGAGCAUAUUGGGAAGCUUGUUCACCUAAGGUAUCUUUCUAAGAGGUUGUAA